UGUCCUGAGUGGCUGGGGCAACCCAGUCAGAUGGAGGGAUAUUAUUAUUAUUAUUUAUUUGAAAAGGACAUCCUUAUUUUCAUUGGAGAAAUGUUGGAGGGUACUGUAGGAGCUACCCUAGCCUUUCCAGCAACUUGAGUCGUUCUUUAGAUUUUAACACUUGCUGGAUUAGGUCUUAGAAGGGUCUUGGCAAACAGCCUAAAGGUAAAGGGACCCCUGACCAUUAGGUCCAGUCGUGACCGACUCUGGGGUUGCAGCGCUCAUCUAUGUUAUUGGCUGAGCGGCGUACAGCUUCCAGGUCAUGUGGCCAGCAUGACAAAGCCGCUUCUGGUGAACCAGAUCAGUGCACGGAAACGCCAUUUACCUUCCCGCUGUAGCAGUACCUAUUUACCUACUUGCACUUUGACGUGCUUUCAAACUGUUAGGUUGGCAGGAGCUGGGACCGAGCAACGAGAGCUCACCCCGUCGCGGGGAUUCGAACCACUGACCUUCUGAUUGGCAAGCCCUAGGCUCUGUGGUUUAACCCACAGCGCCACCCACGUCCCAGCAAACAGCCUAUUCCACCCUGAACUCAGGACAAUAUACAGUAUACCUUGGUUUUCGAACUGCUUAGUUCUUGAACAUUUUGGGUCAAGAACGCUGCAAACCCAGAAGUGAGUGUUCUGGUUUGUGAACUAUUUUUGGAAGCUGAACAUCCGAUGGGGCUUCCACAGAUUCUGAUUGGCUGCAGGAGCUUCCUGCAGCCAAUCAGAAGCCGUGCUUUGGUUUUAGAAGUUGAAUGGACUUCUGGAAUGGAUUCCAUUCGACUUCCAAGGUACGACUGUAUUGCUUUGCUAUCCCUACAAAAGGUAAAGAUUGUUGUGUUGGGCAAAUCAAAAUCCAUAUUAGGGCAAUACCACUAUUAGGCCAACCCAAAUGUUGUAAGCUUUCGCCGUUCCUGGGCAUUCCUAGCCAUUUCCACAAUGGUCAAGUGUUUAUUGGCAUCCGAAGUAGCAGAAAAAAAAGCUUGAAUGCCCCAAAGUGACUCAUUUCUCCCCUAAUUCACCAAAAUACAAAAUGCAUUCUUGAAUACAGUAUAAGUACUGUGUAUGUUCAGUGUUUACUACUCUGUCCAGCCCCCUCCCUGCCCACCAUCACCACCAAAAUUAUCUACUUAUUUUGGAAAGGGAGGGGAAAUAGCUAGUAUUUAGCAUGUAGAGAUGACACAACCUGUAGAUAUAUGAACCCAGGAACAAAACCACAGCUGUUAGUUCUAAAUUUAAAUCUACGAGGUCCUGCUCUCUCACCCAAGCAGCAGAGCUACGGCAAAACCGUUUGUGGGAGUUGCUGAGAUAAAUACUUUCACUGGCAAACAGUGAAAGAAGCAAGAAGUUACUUUGCUCCAGCGAUGUUUCUUCAGUUUUUCACAGCAAACUCCGAACCGCCCAAGCAGAGGAGGGAGGACUCGAAAAGCCGGAGUGCUUUGCUACACGAGAUCCAGAGAGGGACUCGGCUGAGAAAAGUAUCGCAGACCAAUGACCGAAGUGCACCGCAGAUUGAAACCUCUAGGAGGAGGGCCAGCAGAGAUGGAGGAAGCUCAGGAACCAGCAGGAGCGAAAUCCCUCAGGCAUUGGGGAACCUCUUUGCAGAGGGUUUUCCUGUUCUGAGACCAGUAGGCCAAAGGGAUCUGACAGGUGGUCGGGCGGGUCAGCCAAGUGCUGUAAGGACAUCUCCUCCUGCAAAGGGUCCAGAGCCACCGGACAAUAAUGGGAAGGCCAGCGGCAACCUUCAAACUGCGUCUGACAGCCCCAAACCAGCAAGUCCACCGGAAGCAUCCAAGGCCCAGCAAGCGAUUCCAGCUCGUCCCAACAUCCCCGCUCCUCCGCCGCCGCCAUCGCCUUCCUCCAGCAAACCUUCUCUUAUAUUUCCCCCUCCUCCAUCUCUCCCCCCUCCUCUGCUUGAAAAUCCCGAGAACCUCCCCUCCCCAAGCACUGCUGUUCCUUCUCCUCGCAAAAUCCCAGCAUCUCCUUCACACAUGCCGCCACCGCCACCCCCUCUCCCUCCCUUGCCUUUAGCGCCCCCUACUUCACUCCCAGGCAAAACCAGCGAGUGCCCCAGCCCAUUGGCCUCCCAGCUUGACCUAAGGCUCAGUUCCCCUUCCGUGCCACCUCCGCCACCACCCCCAGUGCCUUCUAUGUCCACCUUUUCCUCACACAGGACGUCUUUGCCGCUGCCCCCUUCGCCAACCUCUAGCAGUGCCUCGAGCGGCAGUGGCGAAGCCCCGCCUCCGCUGCCCCCCAAGUCGCCGUUUGUGCAGGCCCAGAUGCAGAAGCCCAGCAUUCAGUCGCUGCCUCUUCCCCCAGCCCCUCCAAGCACACAGCAAGUGGCUGUGACUCACAAGAGGAGACAAGGCAGAGGCGGAGGAAAGCUGAUGCCACCCCCAGUACCUCCUGCAAGGUCUCCGACAACUGAACUCUCAAGCAAAUGCCAGUAUGCCCAAGUAUCUCCAUGGCUGCCUAGCCCAGACCUCUGCUCGGCAAUUAAGAAUGGAGCAGUCCACAUAAUGGAUGACUUUGAAUCUAAAUUUACUUUCCAUUCCGUGGAAGAAUUUCCCCCUCCUGAUGAGUUUAAGCCAUGCCAGAAAAUUUAUCCUAGCCAGGAAGCUAGAGAUAGCACCAACAACCCUCCAUUAAGGACACAAGUCAGAUGAGAGAUCUCAGUAGCAGGAGCAUCACUGAAAGGAUCAACAGAGUUAUUGUGCAACGUAGGACCCUGUUUUGAUGACCGCACAGUACAUGCAGGCAAAACUGGCGCUACAUCCAAGAUCAUACGUGGUAAACGGUGGGAUUGACUGGACUAGGACAGAGUUGGAAACCUAUUGUUGUGUAAUUCAGUUUCAAUUGCUUUAAACCUGGGCUGAGAUUUGUUUUUAAUUUUGUGGAAUACUCAGUAUAUAUACACAUAUAAAACGUGCAGCCCACCUGUGUGGGGCAUACUUUAUUUUAGCAUGAGUGUUCACCCUGUUCAAAAUGCAAACGAGUUUGCAUAGAUAACAAUGGUUGAAGUUCCUGCCUGUACUAUCUGCUGGGUAUAAUUUAUUCGACCAAGUAAAUCAUGCUUUCAAACUAGGUUUGCUGUAUUUAAAUGUAUGCAACUUCCCACCCACCCUCUCUUAGGAAUUCUGUGCAUUGUACAGUAACAUUUUUUAAUUUUUAUAAAUCCCCUUCUUUGCCUCUCUGUAGUUACACUGAAUGGCUUUCCAGUUAAAGCAGUGGUGUGGAUUGCCAGUGGAACGCAGUAUGUGUGCAUAUAUGUAUAUUUAAGUGCAUAGGUGACUGGCACUAAUCUUCCUUGGCACAGCAGAGGAUGGUACUAGGUGUUCACUGGAAAAUGCACAAGCUCCAGCUGAUUAGCAAGCGUGGAAUACAUUCUCCUAAAUUUUGUCAUAUUGCUGCCUUUCGCACGUCACCAACAUCCCUCCUAGAUGCUCUGUCCCAUCCAUCCCUUUGUUUAGGAAGUGGAGGAAAACCUGACAGCUGACUAUUGAAAUGAGGCAAAGAAUAAUAGAAUGUAUAUUGACUAAUGAGCAUCUGGGGCUGAAAUGUAGGCUUUUCACUACACGACUGUAUACUGUCCUGGCAUAUAGUAUAUUUAUGAUGUUAACAUCCCCAGCAAAUCUGAAGGACCAAACUAGAUGGUUAUAUGGCUCUAAUAGUUUCCCAAUAAUUUUGCUCCAGAUGUAGAGCAUCGACAGGAAGCUGGAGGAAAUGCAGCAGGGGAAACAUUUUGAAUAAGGAAAAAUAGAGUUCAGUACCUUCCUCUGCCACUCUUGCUUUCAAACUGGCAGUGUCCUCUGCUUGCUUUGCAUUAAAGGGGGGGGGGAGAGAGUGAGAGAUAUAUGCCAGUAUCUUACUCGCAGGGGCCAGGCUAGGUACCAUAACAAAAAUAUGUAAGAACAGGUGUUCUUUUUUACGUGUGUGUGUGCUGUGAUAUUCAGCUUGGCUCCUGAGAGUAGGCUACUAGCACCUCUGAUUUUAGCAACAAACUAAUCUACAAUCUAAAGUUCUACUUAAAUGAUGUUUCAGAGGUGGGAAAGAGCAAUGUAACACCUGUUCUUUCAGCUAGCUUUAACACACAAGUUCCUAAUGCGCUUAUGAUACAGCAGCAACCAGAAAACGGGGCAUCAGUCUGCAUUAGGGGAUAGAGGUGAGCAGGUUGUGAGGGCUGAAUGAUUCUUGAUUUUUAAAUAAGGGAGCAAGCAUCCCUAUUGGUCUCCUUGACUACUGAACUCUGCCCAUUUUAUCUCUAGCAGGGAGAAAGAAGUGCAAAAUGGGAGUCCGCAUGCACCUAGAAAAAUAGCAGCAAAGUCUUUCUGUGAAUUGGAUAUUUAGAAACAAAGAAGUGUUCUCAAUAGUAUGAAAAAUACCAUGUGAUUUCAUUUCAAAACGCCAUGCUAAAUGUAACUUCAUCUUUUUUUUUCUCUUGGGAGUCAGUAAAUGGUUGAAAAGUGCUUUCAUUUAGAUCUGCAGAUAUUAAAUUAUCAUCAAACACA